AAAUGCACCAAGUGCCCAGAUGAUCAAUUUCCAAAUGAGGACCGAGUCCAAUGUAUCCCCAAAAGAAUAAGCUUCCUGUCCUUUGAGGAAGAUCUGGGCAUCAUCCUGGCCUCCUUUGCUUUACUCUUGUUUCUAGCCACAGGCCUUGUUUUAACCAUAUUCAUUAAAUACCUAGAAACUCCCAUUGUCAAAGCCAACAACCGGGACCUCUCCUUCAUCCUCCUGGUCUCCCUCAUACUCUGCUUCUUGUCCUCUAUUUUCUUCAUUGGCCGACCAAGGAAAGCCACCUGUCUUCUCCGACAAACAGUGUUCAGCAUUGUCUUCUCAGUAGCCGUGUCUUCUGUGUUGGCUAAAACAAUCACAGUGGUGCUGGCCUUUCUGGCAACAAAACCGGGCAACAGUGUGAGAAGAUGGUUGGGGAAGAGCUUGGCCAACUACAUCACCCUUUCUUGUUCUGGUGUCCAAACUUUCAUCUGUGCCAUAUGGCUGGGAGUUUCUCCCCCAUUUCCUGAUUCUGACCUCCACUCCCAGCCAGAAGUGAUCAUCCUUCAAUGCAAUGAAGGCUCACUCACCAUGUUUUAUGUUGUCCUUGGAUACAUGGGUUUCCUAGCUGCCAUUUGCUUCACUGUAGCUUUCCUGGCCAGGAACCUGCCUGGGGCCUUCAACGAAGCCAAGCUGAUCACCUUCAGCAUGCUGGUCUUCUGCAGUGUCUGGGUCUCCUUCCUGCCCACCUACCUGAGCACCAAAGGGAAAUACAUGGUGGCUGUUCAGGUCUUCUCCAUCUUGGCCUCUGGUGCUGGACUCCUGGGCUGCAUCUUCUUCCCCAAAUGCUACAUUAUCAUCCUGAGAUCAGAGCUAAAUACUAAGGAACAUUUAAUGAUAAAAGUAGGAAAAUGAUAAUGAAAUUGUUUCUUAGAUUUGUAUCAUUUAAUUAUUUAUUGCAAUUAUUACUGACUUGUAUGCUUCCUUUGCAUUUAAUUGACAAUUAGGGUUAUUUAAAACAAAGCUAAUAAAAACAUUAAGAGUGUCAGAUUAAUCAAAUUAAAAUCCAAAAUAAUUUCAAACAUUAAACAAGUGAUUUAUAAUUAAUAUUUGUGUUUUAAACUAUUUGUUGUCCUCCUUUUCCUCGGAACACUCAGAUGAGCUAAUACAUAUAUUAAAUGACAAAUAAUAUC